AUGCCGGAACCGUUCAAGCGUGCGGCAGUGCCUGCGACUUCGGUCUUCAAGCCGGACCUUUUUAAAGACAAGGUUGUGUUUGUAACGGGCGGAGGAUCCGGUAUCUGCUACAGUGUUACGGAAACAUUGAUGCGCUUCGGCGCCAAGGCCACAAUUUUGGGCCGCAAGGCCGACCGGCUUCAGGCCGCAGCUGUGCAGCUCUCGAAGGACACGGGAUCCGAGGCGUUUGCCGCGCCUGCAGACGUGCGCGACAUUGAUUCUUUGCACGCUGCUGUCAAAGCUACCCUCGAAAAGUUUGGCAAGAUUGACUUUGUCAUCUGCGGCGCUGCGGGCAACUUUAUGGCGCCGAUUGAGGGCCUCUCUUCUCGUGCCUUCCGCACGAUUGUGGAAAUUGACUUGCUCGGCACGUUCAAUACGGUGCGCGCUACGCUCGACGAGAUUAAGAAGCAGCGCGGCACCUACAUCCAUAUCUCUGCGACGCUGCACUACUCGGGCCUUCCCUGGCAGGCGGCUGCUUCCGCCGCCAAGGCAGGUGUCGAUACGCUUUCUAAUGCACUUGCAGUUGAACUUGGGCCCUUUGGCGUGCGCAGCAACUGCAUUGCGCCCGGUCUGAUCGCCGGUACCGAAGGAGCCGACCGUCUCGUGCCGCAAGGCGGCGAGGACAUCGUGGAGUCGUUCAUUCCUCUUCAACGUCCUGGCUCCAAGCACGACAUUGCAAACGCUACCGUCUUUCUUUUUAGCGAGGCUGCUAACUGGAUUACCGGUCAGAUCAUGGUUGUCGAUGGCGGCCAUGUGCAUUUCCGCGCGCCUUGGCUGCCCUACCCCGAUAGUGUGUUGGAUCCCAAGUCGUUUGGGGAGCUCUUCAAGGGGUCCAAAUUGUAA